AUGUACAAAGGUUGGCCUUUUAGUGGUUGGGGGUUAAGCAUUAAUGUUCCCUCGACGAUCCAGAAGAGACUACUUAAAUUCCUGCUCAAGCGUGCUUUAGGUCAGUUUUUAGCAGAAGAACUUGAUCUUGAUAACCUUGAGAUUCAAUUGGGCAAUGGUUUCGUUCAUUUAAAGGAACUACAACUUAAUGUGGAGGUACUAAAUGAUCUCGUCACAGAUCUACCAGUUGUGAUCACUGAUGGUCGGAUAGGAGGCAUUGUUGCUAAUAUUCCAUGGAAGAAUAUAUGGACUUGUGACUGUGUUUUAGAGAUUCAUAAUUUAAAAAUAACUGCCGUUCCUGAACAUACAAAGCCUAGAAAUGCCAAGGUUUCUCCCGAAGAUUCACAUAUACUAUCUUCAUCUAUUCACUUCGCGGGAGAUUUCCUUCGUCAUGAAAUGCCACCCGAAGAGGAUGAAGUACUUCGUAAUUCUAUUUAUCACUCUUUUCAUGGUAGUACCAAUGAUUUAGAUCAGUCUGAAGUUUUACCACAACAGACUCCUGUACAGGGUGUACAGGGGGGAGAUAAUGGCAUUGAAAGUAUACAAGUUUUGGCUAUAUUGAUUGAUAAACUUAUGUCGAAUGUAAAAAUUGUGUUUAAAGAUACAUGCAUUCGAUUACUUCAUCAUUCUACUAUUGAUUUUAAUGAAAAUCAUCAGACCGAUUCGGGAAAUCUCAAAGAAUAUUAUUUUGACCUUGAGAUACCAAACAUUUCUUUUCGAGACGAGACACAUGGAUCGGAUGAUGAUAUUACUUCAAUAAACAUCGGUUCCGAAAGUGUUACAUUACCCCCCGCAUUAUCUGAAACUGUAAAGUCAGUAGCAAUAUCCGGUUUAAGUGUUUGGAUUAGAGAAGCAUUGAAUUCUGAAGUCUUGUCUAAUAAUCAAAAAAUUCCAGAUGAAAAAGAAUUCGUGGAAGAAUAUGCUAGAAUUUUAGAUAGUGAAGAUGAAUUUUAUUCUCAAAAUGGGAAGAAGAAUAAUGGACAAUUAGAAAAUCAUGUUUAUGAAGCAAUGAUCUUAUCUUGUGUCAGCGAAGAAAAUUUGAUUCGUGUCACUUUACGUCCAAAUACUAUUCCAUCAAUUCAAAUGGAUUUUGGUAACGUUUCAUCAUCGUAUCAUUAUACCCAGGAGGCAAUGCAACAAGCCAAUAGCACUCAAUCUUGGAUAAUUGAAGGUUUAAUUAAAUCAGUGACCGCAAUAUUGACACCCAGUCAAAUAGAAUUAAUUGCAGAUUUGGUGAAUGCAUUGUCAAACAGUAAAUCAUCUUUAGAAACGAGAUCUCCAAGCAGUAUCGAAAGUGAUGAUGACUUUAUUAAUGAAAAUACUAGAAUAAAUAGUCAAGGUAGAAUACCUGAUAAAAAUCAAUAUCAAUUUGAUUAUCGUCGAAUGACCCAACCAUUACAUGAUGAUUAUGGUAUGGACGAUCUUGUUUUUCAGCGAAAUACACAGAAUUCCCCUACUCUACGAAGUGAAAUUGAAUUGAGACAACGAAAAAGAGAACCUUUUUCAUCAAGAUUAUCAGAUCCUCAUGUUAAAAAUAGUUCGCGUGAAAAUUAUUCUUACAAUAAUUAUAAAAACGAUCAAAGCUCGGCAUUAUAUUCUACUAGCCCUCCAUCGAAUAUUUCGUAUCCUUAUAAAUCCUCAUCAUCAUCUCGUACCUUUCAACAAACAAGUUCAACUUCUGUCGCAUCCACUAUUAAUCCAUUACCUAAUCUUAUACCUGAUCGUAAAUUCUUCCUUAAUAAGCCUAAAGAAAAUUUAGAUAUGGACCAUUUAAAAUUUGAAAUUAAUGAUUUCAUGUGUCAAGUUCAAAGUUGGGAACAUGAUAAUUUUUCAGGAAGUCGCAGAAGAGGAAGUAGUUCAUCAAGCUCAGGUCAUCAAAAAAACUCUGAGUCAGACGAGAUGUUACGUGUUACAAUGGAACUCUCUAUUUCUGAUUUGAAAAUAUCGGAAUGGUUAAAAGGUCCUUCACCUAUGCAUGAUGAAUUAAAAUCCGAGUUAUCAAAUUCCGGAUUUACUCUUCCUGCAUUUAAUUCAUACAAUCAACUUUUAUAUUUUGAUCAUUCUUUGAUGAACUCUUAUAAUCCUGAUGAAAUAGAUUUUCCUAAUAUUUCUAUAACCAAAAUUCAUGACACAAAUCAACAUCGUUUUAAUAGUUUUAGAAGGUCUAGUAAAGAUAGUUUGGGACAUACUUUAUCAAAAAAAGCAAAAAGUGCUAUUAAAGUUAAAUUAAAAAUUGGCAAUGUAAUAAACGAAGGAUUAUUUUCUAAUUCUUCUCCAUCUAAUGGUUCAUUUUCUGAUAUUUUUAUGGAAUUCGAACCAUUUCAUUUACAUCUUGAUCUAAGAAUAAUGGAUCGAUUGGAAAAAUUAAGUAUUUUAUCGAUAGGUUCUAAUGAUACUGAGCUCCUAGAAGAGAAUACUAUAGGAAAAACGUAUAUUGAACAAGCCUCUAGUCAAUUAAUAAUUGAUGAUCUUGAUACACAGAGAUUACUUGAGAAAACUGCUUUACAAAAAUUUAGGCUUCGAAUCAAUUGCGAAAUGAUUCGUCUUUGGCUUCAUUGUCCAUAUUUGAAUACUUCAAGCACACAAAGCAUAAUUAAUGAUUACAGCAUACAUUCUAGUUUGCUCAUUUCUGAUUUUAUGCAUAUUAACGCUACUACGGAAGGCAAAUCUCAAAGAGCUUCUCGUUCUAUAAAUUUUGGUGUGCAACAACAUGAUUCCGAUCAAAAUGGCCUUGAUUUACAGCAAAAUAGGGUUAAAAUCGAAUGCGGAAUUAUUAACGUUUUUAUAAAAGAAUCCAACGAUGCAAAAUGUAUUCUUACUGUAAAGCCGUUAUUUUCUAAUUCGCUACCUCUUCGUACCCUGACACAAAAUGUUCCUAUAUUUCCUAAUUGUGAAAUUACUUAUCGGCCCGCCAGUGCGAUUACCAAUCGAACACCGUACAUAGGUAGUGGCAAUCGUUCUACCCCAUUUGCUCGAACUUUUUCCACAUUCGAAGGUGAAGAACGUGCUAAUUGGCCCGUAGAAAAUGAAGAGGAAGAUAUUUUAAUGUUUAAACAACGCACUAUCGAAAGUUCGUUAUUUGUGAUAAACUGCAAUUUUCCAACUGUUCGAACUCGUAUGACUAAAUCAGCGUACGACACGUUACAAAUAUUGUUGAAUGAUUUGGCAAUCUGGCAGCCUAAGAAUAACUCUACAAGUGAUAAAUUUACCUCGUCUCCUCCUCCUUCCGUGAAUCGUUCCAAUUUUUCAGGGUAUGCAAAUAAAGCUCAACGGGAUACACUCUAUGAUGGAUUGGAUUCAUAUGACUCAGAGGAUUUUGAACUAAGAAGAAAGUUCGAAGGAGACUUGUUUAAUAGUCGCGUCGAUAGCGCUCAGCCUUUGAGACCUAGUUUAGCUUCCGUUGUCGUAUUCAUGACUAAUGUCGAAUUUGUCAUAUUACACGAUAAAGAAAGUGAUCAAGUACAAACAACUCGAUCGUAUCAACUUAACAUGGCAGAUUUUAGGUUCUUUACGGUUAUUAAACAUGAAGGAAAUGUGCAUAACGACCAAUUUAGCCUUACGGAUAUUUCCACUCGUGAAAAAUCACAGAUUCUAUGUCGUACUUUAAGUAAAAAUAUUAAGACCAAAAAUAUACGUCCUAUGUUAUCUAUAAUUAUGCAUAUUUCGCUAGAUGUAGAUAUAAAUAUGAAAGAGACAAAUUUGGCUUUGUCGGUGAAUGGUGUUUCCUUGAAUCAUUCUUACGAUUCACAAUGGUUUGAAGAUAUUGUCGCAUUUUUACAAGAACCAGAAAUGAAAUCUUAUUUAGAUCUUCCUAGUCAAUUUACGAAGUUAUUCGUUACUAUAAAUGAUACUUCGAUUGAUUUCAGACCUAAAGAUUUUGCAGGGCGCGUCGUGUUUGUAUUUGAUAGCUUGAAGGUGUCAAGUAAUAUAAUACCCGAUUCACCAAUGUUUGCUGCUAAAUUAAUUGUUCAAAAUCUCGAUUUGAUGUUAAUUGAUGACGUUAAAGCAUUGAACGAGAAGACAGCUAAUCGAUCAAGUUCUACUCCUUUGAAUGUUAAAAAAUUUUGGAAGUCUAUAGGUCUUGUAAAAAUUGCUACGAUAGAUUUCGCUGAAAUAAAUUUACGGACUAAUGACGGGGAAAUAUAUCCUCAUUUUGAGCUCGAACUUACUAAUGAAAAUCUUACAAUCGAGACAUGUGCGGAUACUUUUCAAACCAUUAUUAAUUUGAUUAAUCAAUUGACACCUAAACCUCACAUACCAACUAAUGGUAACAAUUUUUUGAAUGAGAAGCCUGAAGAAAAAAUUUAUGCAGAUGUGUUAGCGGGUUUGGAUGAUGAGGCAUUCGUUCAACCCCAACCAAAAGAUUUGAAAUCAAAAAUAUCAUGUGGUACUUCAAAUUCGAAUUUAGAAUUUGUAGAGGAGUUUUUCGCUAUCGAAGGUGGUGAAAAUGAUUUUAUGGAGGAGCAACAGUUAUAUGCUGUACCAUCUCCAAAUGCGGUGCAAAAUAAUUCUAAGAAUUUAGAUAUAGAAUCUUAUGAUGACAUAGAAGAUACACCAGAACAAAAUUUUGAAUCAUCGGAAAAACUUGACUUUGUUGAUGACCAUUUCUCUGUUCCAAAUGAAAACGAGCUCAAUGAUGAUAACCAAGAGAUUUCGAAAAGUUUAACAAGAGUCCGUUUACGGGAUUUCAAUAUUACAUGGAAGCUUUAUGAUGGCUAUGAUUGGGAACAUACCAGGAACGAAGUACUUGAUGCUUUAGCAUAUGCUAAAGCUUUGACCAACUCGAAUUCUAAUUCUGCAGGAGGAGCUGGAUCAUCGACAAACGAGAUAAAUGUUCCUCUGGAUUCAGAAACCACCAAUCCAUUCAAUCGUCUUUCAUUCAUGGCAUCGUCGUUUAGAAACUCUGAUUAUGAAGGAUCUUCUCAAGCAUCUGAAAUAGAUUAUUCAAUUGAUGAUCAAAGUGAUUCUGCUAGUCAAGAAAGCUCUCGAGUUGAAGAUGGUAAACGACUAGAGCAACAAAGCCGUCGGCAUCAUUCAAAGUUACAUCGUUCGAAGUCAAGUAAACUUGAAAUUAAAUUAGAAACGAUGAACAUGGAAUUUGACAUGUUUCCAAAAGAUGAUUUGAUAGCUUUUCGUUUAUUGUUACUCAUUCGAGAUUUGGAAAUUCUUGACAAUAUCAAAACUUCCGCUUGGCGUAAAUUUUUAACGCAUAUGCGUCCGGAUAAUGAUACAAAUCCUAGAGAAAGUAAAUCCAAUAUGAUUAAAAUAGAUUUACAAAGCGUUCGACCUUUACCGAGUGAUCUUGAAGAGUUUCGGUUAAAGGCCAAACUUUUACCUCUUAGGUUUUACAUUGAUCAAGACGCACUUAAUUUCUUAAUUAGAUUCUUUUCUUAUCAAGGUCCUACUAAAAAUCCUUCACAGAAUGAAGACGAUAUGUAUUUCCAACAUUUUGAAAUACAGCCCAUCGCAAUGAAAUUAGAUUAUAAACCAAAACAUAUUGAUUAUACCAAUUUAAAAGAUGGAAAUUUAGUUGAAUUGAUGAAUCUUUUCCACCUUGAAGCUGCAGAAAUGACAUUGACAAGCGUUAAAUUAACAGGAGUCAAAGGUGUAUCGCGAUUACUAGAAGAUUUGGCUGCUGCGUGGUUACCGCACAUUAAAAGUACUCAAGUACCAAAUUUUGUUUCUGGUGUAUCUCCGAUACGUUCUUUGGUAAAUAUUGGAUCAGGAUUUUCAGAUCUUAUACUAUUACCAAUUGAACAAUACAAAAAAGAUGGAAGAAUUAUUAAAGGUCUUCAGAAAGGAACCCAAUCUUUUGCCAAGGCUACCACAAUGGAAGCAAUCAAAUUUGGUACCAAAAUUGCUGUUGGGACUCAGAUUUUGCUUGAACAGGCAGAAGAAAUACUUUCUUUUGAGAGUAAUUCCAUUACAAAUAAUGAUGAUGGUGAAUGUGACAGUGAAGACGAUCAUGACAAAGAAAUAAUAAGCAAAUAUGCGGAUCAACCAGCAGAUUUAAACGAAGGCAUUGAAGCAGCUUAUAAGAGCUUACGUCAAAAUUUGGGUACUGCUGCGCAUACGAUUUUUGCUGUACCCAUGGAAGUGUAUGAGAAGACAGGAACUCAGGGAACAGUAAAAGCUGUCAUUCGAGCGGUACCAGUGGCUGUUUUAAAACCUAUGAUUGGCGCAACCGAAGCAGUUUCGAAAGGAUUGCUAGGAUUACGAAAUACGAUCGACCCAAACAAAAAAUUGCAAAUGGAAGAUAAAUAUAAAAGGCGGUGA